CCAAAGAGAAACCGCAAGAAAGCAAAAACUUGAACAACGUAGCCGAAGAAACAUUAUAAAUACACACUCUCUCUCACUCACAUGUUCACGCGUCUGAGAAUUUUCUGAGUUUUCGAAGAACCAUUUCGUGUGGUUUUUGCGUCGCGUGGUCAGAGAAGGUUGAAUCAGCAGAAUCAAGACAUCAUGAACUCACCUCCUCCUUCUUCUAAUGAUGGCUUGGCGAAGCGAAAAAGAGGUCGACCGCGCAAAGAUGAAAACUCAACUCCAAAACCGGACAUGAAUUUGGUAGGUAAGGUGGUUACUGGUGUAAUCGAAGGAUCUUUCGACGCAGGCUAUCUCCUUAACGUUAAGGUUAAAGACAGUGACACCCAACUCAGAGGUCUCGUGUUCAUACGGGGCAGAGUCACUCCGAUCACUCCAGAAAACGACGUGGCUCCUCUUGUUAAAAUGUACGGAAGAGAAGAUAUCAAGAACAACCAAACCGAUCAUUCUUUCCCUACUGAUCAACCAAUGCAAGAUGCUGCUGUCACUACUACUGACAUGGAUAUUUCUGAAUCCUCUCGAGCUUUGGUCGUAGUUCCACAAGCGACCAAUGGCCAAGCGAAGGAAGCUACGAAGGAUGAAGAUGGAGUCAUUGAAGGACAAGCUGACACUCGGUUAGUGGAGUUUUUUCCAACUCCAGGCACAAUGAUGAUGACUGCUCAACCAAAUCUUGUCUUGGUACCGAAAGAGACAGAACAACAGAAAACAACUGGUGGGAGUCAUGGAUUCGAUCUUAUGGAAGAGGAACCAGUUCGUCAAGGAGAGAAGUUGCCAGAGGAGCUAUUACAUCUAGAGCUUGGAAACAAGACAACAUUGAGUGUAGACAACAACAUCUCUACAACAGAGGCGCCUGAUCUAUAAAACCUCUGGCUUUAAUUUAUAGUGAACUUUUUUGAAGGACAAGACAAGAAGGUAGAUACCAAUAUGGAAGAAGAAGCUACUCCAUCAGUGCAAUAGUUAGAACUCUAUUCGGUUGUUUUGGGGAUAUGUAACAAACCCCAUUAUAUUUUGUGUUGUCUCUCUUUCAGUGCUUAUUAUACAGACCUCAAUGUUGUCUUUUAUGAUACCCUUUGUUCUUCUGGUUUGCAAACAUUUGUUUUUAAUCUCUUCUUCUAAACUGACUCCAUCAAAUAAACCUAGAGCUGGCAACUAUUAAGGC